CCGUUUGCAUAAUUGGAGCGAACCUCGUCGUCAUACGUUUUCACCAAUGAAAAUAGACAGAGAAAGGCCAAGAAUCAAAACAAUAUCAUAAACAAAAGAGAUAUAUGAUAAAGUUCUCCUUGGAAUCGAAGCUCAAUCCGAAUCUCAUCAGUGCAUCAAUCUACCUUAUGAUUUAAAUCCUGGUCUAAUCCAUUAACACCUUGAUUUCUAGGAGAAAAUAGAAAAUGUCUGAAUUUCACGAUUUGGAAAAUUCUGGAACUGUUGAUAAUCGACCUAUUUAUCCUCAAUCUUCGACUAAUCAGAUUCAAUUGAAAUCUCAGGUAGAGCUUUCUCAUGUUGAUAGCAGAGAAGAUCUGUUUGUGGAUGCUCCAGAUGAGUUGAAUAAUGAUAAUAAGGAAGGUGGAAUGCCCGCUGUAAGUCCAAACGUUGCCGUUUUGGAGGGAAAACGGAAUGCAGUAGCUAGGCUGUUCGAUGAAACGGAUAAUAAUGAUAGUAAUCACUUCGUCAAUGAAAUGGAGCACCUGCGAGCUUUGCUGGAGCAGGCAGUUGACGAAAAAGAGAGACUUGAGGUCAAAUAUAAGGAAGAAAUGGGGGUGUUCUCAAGGGAGAUUCAUAUGAAGGAUCAAGAGAUUGAAAGGUUGAAUGCAAGGGAUAUAAGUUCUGUAGCUGAAGCUGGGAAGGAGGUUUUUACAGAGAAGAACCGGCAGUAUGAGGUUACGAUGGAGAGGAUUUUGGCUGCUCUUGCGUCAGUUGUUAAUCAAGGAGAUGUUAUGGGUUAUUCCAGUGGGGAACAGGUUGACCUUGUUGAGAAAAGCAUGUUGGCAUUAAUCGAGAAGUAUAACCAAUUUCUUUUUGAAGUUAAUCAACUUAGGCAGUGUUUGACAAAGGCUGAGUAUGAUUUUGGUGUGCAGGAGUUUGGGACUCUAUUUGUUGCGGUCCGUGAUGAGUUAUUUGAGUUGAGGAGGAAGGAAGCACUGCUGGUUGAAAAAAUAGGCCUUUUGGAAGAUGAAAAUAGGAAAUUUGUUGAACAAGUUGAAAAUGAGAAAGUGACAGUGAAUACGCUGAAUUCGGAGCUUGGAAAAACAAAGGCUGAGUGUGAAGAGGAAAAGAUGAAGUGUGCUAAUACUAAAGAAAAGCUGAAUUUGGCCGUGACAGAAGGGAAGUCAUUGGUUCAGCAGCGGGAUGCUCUGAAGCAGUCUCUGGAUGAUAAAGCAAGUGAGCUUGAUAAAUGUCUGGCUGAAUUGCAAGAGAAGACUAGUGCCCUAGAGGCUGCUGAAUCACACAACCAUGAAUUGGUGAAAAGUGAAAACUUGGUUGCAUCAUUGCAAGAAUUACUCUCGCAAAAGACCUUGAUUGUUAAGACAUUUGAACACAUCCUGUCGCAUCUUGAUGUACCUGAGGAACUCCAAUCAGUGGAUAUUGUUGGAAGAGCUAGAUGGCUUGCUAAUGAAAGAAAUGAAUUGAAGGGUGCUUCCUUGGACUUCUGUAGAUUGAAAGAUUCCAUUUGUGCAAUUGAUUUACCAGAAAACAUCUCCUUUUCUGAUUUAGGUUCUCGCUUGGCUUGGCUUAAGGAAUCUUUUUACCGGGCUAAAGAUGAUAUAAAUAUGCUGCAAAAUGAAAUGUCCAGAACAAAGGAAGCUGCAAGUGAUGAGAUAGAUAAAUUGAGUGCUUUACGUUCAGCUGUACAACAAGAGAAGGACUACAUUAUGGAAGAAUUAGAUCACCUCAGAAUUAAAAACGAUGAAAUUGUUGCAAAGGCAGAACAGAUAUCAUUGGACAAGGAUCAUUUAAGCGAUUCACUUGCAGCAGAACUAACUGAGAAGGAUAAAAUCCAAAAGGAGUUGGAUGAUCUCACAAAUAAAUAUGAAAAUAUAGUUGGGAAGGUCCAUCAACUUUCAUCAGAGAAAGAUCAGAUGUUUCGGUUGUUGGUAGAGGGUUCUGGAAAAGUGAUGGGAGAUCAAGAAGUGAUCGAAGAGACUUCUUCUAAUCUACCGGUGUUAAUAGAUAGGUGCUUAGAGAAGCUAAAGGAACAAACAAGUCCAUCUGUGGAGACUCCUUUUGUGGAUGCAGAACUGUUUGAAAAAUACCAAAGUCUUUUGUAUGUUAGGGAUCUGGAGUUGAUGCUUUUUAAGGAAAUCCUAGAAGAAGAUAUGCUGGUGUGGUCACAACUGAAUGAUCUGUCAAAUCAGUUCAGAGUAACUUCUCAGGAACUUUUUUCAUUGAAGGAGGAGAAAGAUGUUCUGCAAAAAGAUCUUGAACGAUCAGAGGAGAAAGCUGGUCUGGUGAGGGAGAAGUUAACAAUGGCAGUUAAGAAAGGAAAGGGACUGGUUCAAGACCGGGACAACUUAAAAAUUCUUCUGGAGGAAAAGAAGUCAGAAAUUGAGAAGCUGAGGCUUGAGAUACAACAGGAAGAAUCUAGAGUUGCUGAGUGCAGGGAUCAGAUCAAUACUUUGUCUGCUGAUUUAGAGCGUGUACCGAAGUUGGAGAGCAACCUUGUAGCUAUGAAAGAAGAAAGGGAUCAACUUGAGAAGUUCCUAACUGAGAGCAAUAGCAUAUUGCAAAGGGUAGUUGAAUCUAUUGAUCGCAUUGUUAUUCCGGUUGACUCAGAAUUUCUUGAGCCUGUAGAGAAGCUGGACUUGCUUGCUGGGUAUAUUGAUGAUUGUCAGACUGCCAAUACACAGACUGAACAAGAGUUGAUGGAAGUGAAGGAAGAGUCCAGUAACCUGGCUGGCAAGUUAGCCCAGGCCCAAGAAACUAUGAAAUUACUUGAAGAUGCUUUGGCUGUUGUGAAAAAUGAUUUGUCUCAACUUGCUGAAGAGAAGAAGGAGAUGGAAUUUGAUAAAAAACAUAUAGAAAUAGAGUUGCAGAAAACAAUUGAAGAAGCUCGUUUACUUGAAGAGGCUUGCGACGCUAGAAAGUCACUUGAAGAGGCGUUGUCACAGGCAGAAAAUAAAACUUCAGUGCUUAUCACUGAGAAAGAGGAUGUCCAAGGUAACAAAGCUGCUUCAGAUAUGGAAGUGGAGAAAAUGAGAGAGGAAAUUGCUAUUCAGACCAGCAGACUCGCAGAGGCAUAUAACACUAUAACUACACUUGAAAAUGCACUUUCUCUGGCAGAGAAGACUGUUGCUUCACUAACUGAACAAAAUAACAAUGCACAAGUGGAAAUAACCAACUUGGACAAUGAGCUGAAGAAACUAAAAAAUGAAACUGAUACACACACUAGCCAGCUGAAAGAUGCUGGCAUAACCAUAAAAUCGCUGGACAAUGCGUUGGCUAAGGCAGAAAAUGACUUUUCUGCACUUCUAGGUGAAAAAAGAACUGCUGAUCAGGAGGUGUCAACUCUUAAUUCCAAACUGAACGUAUGCAUGGAAGAGUUGGCUGGAAGCAGUGGCAACUUAGCAAGCAGAUCAAUGGAGUUGAUUGGUCAUCUCAACAAUCUUCAAAUGCUUGCCAAAGACCAAAGUUUGUUGUCUACAAUGAGACAAUGCUUUGACAGGAAUACGGAGCGCCUUAAAGAUAUGGAUCUUACCAUUAAAAAUGUAAGGGAGUAUUUGUUUGACAAGGAUUUGAAACUGCAGCAAGGUUACCCAUUCAGUGAGGAUAUUGCUAGCCUGCUGAGACAAUUUUCUGAUGAUAUUGAUAAUACUUUAAACAUUGAAAUGGAGAAUGAUGAAGCAAAUGCAAUAAAUGCUGUUGAUGUUUCUUUAUGUUUUAGAAGAGUUACUGAAGGGUUUCAGAUGCGAAACAAAAUCCUUGCAGAUAGGUUUGAGGGCUUUUCAAGCUUCCUAGAUGAGUCAAUAGCAACCCUGUUAAAAAAUUUACAGGCCAUAGAAGAUGAGGUAAAAAGUAUGAUCAAGCAUAAGGAAUCCUUUAAACAAGAAUAUGUUCAAAAGGAGUUGGACGAUCUCACAAGUAAAUAUGAAAAAGUAGUUGAGAAGGUCCAUCAACUUUCAUUAGAGAAAGACCAGAUGGUCCAGUUGUUGGUAGAGGGUUCUGGAAUAGUGAUAGGUGAACAAGAAGGGACUGAAGAGGCUUCUUCUAAUCUACCCGGGCUCAUAUAUAGGUGCUUAGAGAAGAUAAAGGAACGAAGUGCAUCUUUGGAGACUCCUUUUGUGGAUAAAGAUCAUUUUGAAAAUUUUCAAAGUCUUUUGUAUGUUAGGGGUCUGGAGUUGAUGCUUUGUGAGGAAAUUCUGGAAGAAGAUAUGUUGGUGAGGUCACAACUGAAUGAUCUGUCAAAUCAGUUCAAAGUAACUUCUCAGGAACUUUUUGCAUUGAAGGAGGAGAAAGAUGUUCUGCAAAAAGGUCUUGAACAAUCAGAGGAGAAAUCUGGUCUGUUGAAGGAGAAGUUAUCAAUGGCAGUCAAGAAAGGGAAGGGAUUGGUUCAAGAUCGGGAAAAAUUGAAAGUUCUUAUGAAGGAAAAAAUGUCAGAAAUUGAGAAGUUGAGGCUUGAGUUACAACAGGAGGAAUCUAGAUUUGCUGAGUGCGGGGAGCAGAUCAGUUCUUUGUCUGCUGAUUUAGACCGCAUCCCAAAGUUGGAGAGCAACCUUGCAUCUAUGAAAGAGGAGAAGGAUCAACUUGAAAAGUUAUUGUUUGAGAGCAAUAGAAGAUUGCAUACGGUAGUUGAAUCUAUUAAUUGCAUUGUUAUUCCAGUUGACUCAGCAUUUCUAGAGCCUGUACAGAAGCUGAACUUGCUUUCUGAGUAUAUUUAUGAUUGUCAGACUGCCAAGAAACAGACUGAACAAGAGUUGAGGGAAGUGAAGGAAGCGGCUAGCAUCCUGGCUGGCAAGUUAGCAGAGGCCCGAGCAACUAUGAAAUUACUUGAAGACGCAUUGAAUACAGUGAAAAAUGAUUUGGCUCAACUUGCUGGAGAGAAAAACGAGAUGGAAACUGGUAAAAAGAAUAUAGAAAUAGAGUUGCAGAAAACAAUUGAACAAAGAGAUGAAUCUCAAAGCAGGGUUUUCAAGUUGGAGAGUGAUGUAGAAGGAUUGGAAGGUUCAUGCAGAGAAAUGAGGCUUAAGAUAGAGGAUUAUCAAGCCAAAGAAGACAGAUGGAAGGAAAAAGAGGCAGAACUUUUGUCAUCGUACAAUAGUUUGUUAAUGAAAGUAAAAGAAGCUGAGGAGCCUCUGUUGUCAGCAUCUCAAUUAAGAACUUUGAUGGAAAUGUUAAGUGGGAUUGAAAUUCCUCUUGUGGAGUCUGAAGACCUGGAGCCCCAUAUCUCUGCUGAUGUUAAGAAACUGUUUUCUGUUAUUGGUAGUUUCACUGAUUUGCAGAAUCGAAUAAAUUUGCUCUCUAAUGAAAAGGAAGAACUGCAGUCUACACUUUCAAGACAGAAUUUUGAAAUUCAGCAUCUUAAAGGAGAAAUUGAAACACAUGUUAGAAACAAGCCAGACUUGGAACAUAUGAAAAUGGAGCUGUCUGAGGUUACAUUUGGUUUGGAAAAGAUUAUUGUUGUGUUGGGAGGAAAGGAGUUCAUUGGAGGCCAAAAUUCUGUUGGUAUGAAAGUGCUUUUGCCUGUUCUAGAAAAGCAGGUUAAUGCAUUCCUGUUGGAGGCCAAAACUUCAAAAUCCAAAGCAGAGGAACUUGGUACCAAGUUGGCUGGAAGCCAAAAGGUCGUGAAUGAAUUGUCAACUAAGGUUAAGUUACUUGAAGAUUCUAUACAGGGUAGGACUGUUCCACCUGAGGUUGUCCAGGAAAGGAGCAUCUUUGAAGCACCUUCUGCAUCCACUGGGUCUGAAAUAUCUGAAAUUGAAGAUCUGGGAUCAUUUGGAAAGAACCCAAUAUCUUCUGCGCCCUUAGCUGCCCAUGUCAGAACCAUGCGAAAAGGAUCAACUGACCAUCUUGCACUUAAUAUUGACUCAGAAGCUGACCGCUUGAUCAACAGCAAGGAAACUGAUAAGCAGAAAUGUCGUUCGUUCAACUCCCUCAACACAUCGGGUCUCAUCCCAAAACAAGGAAAGUUGAUUGCAGAUCGAGUCGAUGGAAUCUGGGUAUCCGGUGGUCAGGUUCUAAGCAGUCGUCCCAGAGCAAGGCUAGGCCUCAUUGCCUAUUGUCUUCUCCUGCAUAUAUGGCUACUCGGAACCGUUUUAUAACGAAGCGUGUGAUCUUCAAUCCUCUGGACAUCUUAUCUGAUGCCACAAUUGCAUCAUGGAUAUAAAUGGUAGUCAUUCUUUUAUUUAUUCUACACAAUCAUGGAUGUACAUUUCUAGCGAUUGUACUUUUAGAAGUCGCAGAGGAUGUAGGGUCCAUACUUUAGAAGGCAAAAUUCGCCAGUUUCAAGUAAAACAUUGAGCAUGUUGCAAUUUGUGGUAGUUAAUAGACAAAACUAAGAUAUAAUAUAUAUAUAUAUAUAUAUAUAUAU